AUGACUGUGGUUGCUGGCAGCAAUGAGAGUCUGACCAUCUCCGACCUUGAGAAUGUUAGAUACAAACAUCUCAGCUGGAUUUAUAACCAAAAUCAGAAGAUUGUAGAAUGGGAUGACAAUGUCCCAAAUUACUUCAUGUCUAAAGACAAGUACUAUCUUGCUAACAAUGGCACGCUGCACAUCUACAGAGUCCAGGAACAAGACAGUGGCAACUAUUCCCUGCAAGUAGUGAACACAGAUGGAAUAGUUCAAAAAUGGCAGAUCCAACUGGAGGUAAAAGGUAAGUGAAAUGAGCCAAAGGAUAUGUCUGAUAUCACCUUAAUUUUAUCUCUGAACAAAGACUUCACAGAGAAGAGAGAAGGAUGGGGAGAAGAGAACAAAAACUAUGAAGAAGGGCUUUUUGCCUUUCAGAAUCCUGUACCCAAGUUUGUCAUAAAAUUUGAGGUGAAAAUUGAAGAGGAUAAAUGUCACAUGCGUCUAUCGUGUGAAAUCGCGGACAAGACUGCAAACUACAUCUGGUAUAGAGAUUCAGGACCCUUUCCACCGAAGCUUCAGAAAAGUAUGCUUGAAAUCACCACCACACCAGAAAAUCACUCCACGUUUUAUACCUGCCAAGUCAGCAAUGAUGUAAGCAGCAAGAACGACACAGUAUUUUUCACUCCACCCUGUACUCUGGCCCGAUCCUCUGGAGUAUCUUGGAUGGCAACUUGCUUAUCAGUCAUGGUACCUACCAUUCUUGGCCUCCUAUUUCUCUGA